CCGACCCCGCUGGCCAACAGCUGCAAUGAGCCCUGCAUCCGGCGCUGCCAGAACUCCACCAUCGUCAUCCAGCCCUCCCCCGUGGUGGUGACCCUGCCCGGCCCCAUCCUCAGCUCCUUCCCGCAGAGCACCGUUGUGGGCUCCUCCACCUCUGCUGCCGUUGGCAGCAUCCUCAGCUGUGACGGAGUGCCCAUCAACUCUGGCUGCUGUGACCUCUCCUGCAUCACCAGCUGCUAUCGUGGCAGCAGAAGGUGCCCCCCUUGCUAA